AUGGGGUUGAGUAAGAAUCACCAACUUUUGUCUAAAAUUGCAACCAACGACCGACAUGGUGAGAAUUCUCCUUACUUCGAUGGAUGGAAGGCGUAUGAUCAGAACCCUUAUCACCCUUCUAAAAAUCGAGAUGGAGUUAUCCAGAUGGGGCUUGCAGAAAAUCAGCUUUGCUUUGAUUUGAUUGAAGAGUGGAUUAGGAAAAAUCCUAAAGCUUCCAUUUGCACAGCUGAAGGAGUGAAUGAGUUCAAGAAUAUUGCUAACUUUCAGGAUUAUCAUGGCUUGCCGGAGUUUAGACAAGCUGUGGCGAACUUUAUGGGGAGAGUAAGAGGCAACAGGGUCAGAUUUGAUCCUGACCGUAUAGUCAUGGGCGGCGGAGCUACCGGAGCAAACGAGCUAAUCACCUUCUGUUUGGCGGAUCCCGGGGAUGUUUUCCUUGUACCCUCACCUUAUUAUCCAGCAUUUUUCAGGGACAUCGGAUGGCGAACUGGGGUGCAGAUACUUCCCGUUGAUUGCGACAGCUCGAAUGGGUUCGUAAUAACAAAAGCAGCGCUAGAAGCAGCAUAUGAAAAGGCCCAAGAAGACAACAUCAAGAUCAAGGGCUUGCUCAUUGCCAACCCAUCAAACCCUCUGGGCACUGUUCUAGACACUGAGACAAUGAGAAGCCUGGUGAGCUUCGUAAACGAAAAGAACAUCCAUUUAGUAUCUGACGAAAUAUAUUCAGCCACUGUCUCCGGCUCCCCGACAUUCACAAGCAUUUCCGAAAUCAUAGAAGGAAUGGAAUGCAACCGCGAUCUCAUUCACAUUGUUUACAGCUUGUCGAAAGACAUGGGCCUCCCUGGCUUCAGGGUGGGCAUAGUUUACUCUUACAAUGACGCUGUCGUGAGCUGCGCCCGGAAAAUGUCGAGCUUCGGAUUAGUUUCCUCGCAAACUCAACACCUCCUUGCUUCAAUGCUGUCGGACGAGGAGUUUGUCGGGAAGUUUCUGUCGGAGAGCUCGAAGAGGCUGGCGAAGAGGCGCAGCAUGUUCACCGAGGGGCUUGAGGAGGUGGAGAUUUCUUGCUUGAAAAGCAAUGCUGGGCUUUUUGUUUGGAUGGAUUUGCGUAGGCUCCUUGAAAAACAGACGUUUGAGGAUGAGCUGGUGCUAUGGCGGGUGAUUAUCAACCAGGUGAAGCUUAAUGUUUCUCCGGGGUCUUCGUUCAAUUGCUCGGAGCCCGGCUGGUUUAGGGUUUGCUUCGCCAAUAUGGACGACGACACCGUGGAAGUUGCGCUUGAAAGAAUCCGAACAUUUGUACGUCAAGCGAAAAAAGGAAAGGCGCAGGUGAAAAACAAACGUUUGCAAAACAAUCUUAAGCUUAGCUUCUCCUCUAGAAGAUACGAUGAGAGUGUUAUGUCUCCACACAUGAUGUCCCCUCACUCGCCAAUUUCUCUCUCUCCGCUUGUCCGAGCAAAGAAUUAA